GUUUCAGAUUGUGAUCAUAAGGAACAGCAUUUUUGCGAUCAUGGCCAAAAAUGCUGAAGAGGCUGCUCUGGAAUACAGGCAAGCACUGGAUGAUUUAAAAGACAACAACAAAAUGCAGAUUAAUUUGAUGACUAUUCUUGCCGAUGAUUACAAUUCAUUUUCCAAGGAAAUUGUUGCAGUUAUUGCUCAACAGAUUAUGAAAGUUAUACCACCUCAAAAAUUAGCUGUAAUGUAUGUUAUGGAUUCGAUAUUGAAAAAUGUAACUGGCGCUGGUAAUUACAAAGAACAUAUUGAAAAGAUUGUUUAUAAAGCUUUUCUGCAUGUUUUUGAAACGGGUGAUGAAAGAACACGUUUGGCACUGCAUAAACUCAGGCAAACGUGGACGGGAAUAUUUCAGCGUUCAACUUUAUACAAAAUAGAUUUGGCUGUAAACGCAAUUGAUCCAGCUUGGCCGAUUGUUACUCCUCAACCAGUUAACACUCCGGUAUCUGGACAUAGGCCAGAACCUGUUGUAAUAACACCACACCAACCUCGAGCAGCGAAAGUUCAUGUCAAUCCUCAUUUUUUGCAGAAAAAUUCUGUUACAGCUACGUCUGCUACUGCUACUGCUACUACCACUGCUACUACUACUACUACUACUGCUACCAGUGCUACUAUUGGCAACAAAUUGCAAAUGAACUGUGAGAAGAAAAAGAUAGGUUUGGAUCCGAGAUUGAUGAAACAUUCGGAUGGAGCGGCAGCUGGCAGACCAGUAUCGUUGAUUGCAGCGAAGCCGGCAAAUGUCAUCGUAAAGCAGGAACCAAUCGACAGCAGUGAUGUAGAUGAAAGAUUAAAUGCACAGCAGACUGGGAACUUGUUGGAUAGUACCGGUCCUCGGAGUUUUGGGCACAGAAAAGAACAAGAACUGGGCGGACGUUCACCGAACGACAUAAAACGUAAAUCUUCGCCAUGUGUAUCAGAUCUGGAAACUGUGGAGAAGAAACCUCGAAUACGUACACCACCUCUAGACAGAGAUCGUCGUACGAAUUCACCUUCUACAUCUUCCUCCAUAAUACGUCCAACAAACGACCUCGGUUCUCAUGCUUUCAUUACAACUGCACGACGCGCACAAGCAGCUUCUAGUGCAAACAUGAUAACGGCACCACCCACUCCAGUUAUAGUGCCAGUUUCUGGACCAGUAAUUUUGCCUGCGAUCCCAUCUACCUCGGGUCCGCUACCAUUUUUACCGCCUAUAAUGCCAACAGUACCUUUACCAAUGCCACUUCCCAAUAUGACUUCGAUUUUAGCAGGUCCUCCUGUAGUACCCUCUUCCACAAAUACGCAAGAUUUAACACGAACCGACUCAAACCAUGUACCACCAAUCAUCAAUAACGAAACUCCGAAGUUGGAAGGUAUUCCAGCAAAUAACAGAAUAUUUGUGGAUGGUCGGGCCUACGAAGUGUCAUACAUUAAUGAUGUCCCAGUUAUCGAAAGGAAUGGUCUGCCGCAUAGGAUCUAUUUUACGGGUGUGCCACGCAAUGUAAUCAUAGAUGGUGCCGCUUACCAACUGGCAUUUGGUGAAGAAAAAAGGGUGAUAAUUGAUGGCGAGGAGCACGUUUUAAGGUUUGGAGCACCAUCGCGUGAACUGUAUAUGGGAACAUAUCCAUUCAAAGGUGCAUUUGGUGGUCCACCAAUCUUUGCUACGAUUAAUGGAAUACGCCAUGAAAUACGAUUGGGUGGACCUCCUCCAGAAGUUAAGAUUGAGCCUGAUCCAUGUUAUGAGCUACUGCGAUAUAUGCCUCGUACAGGAAUUGAUACGUCGAAUAAAACUACAGUCCCCACUGGAAGUGAACCGCAGGGAACAGUCGAUGUUAAGGGUUUGCUUGCUAAACUGCAGCGUACGGGAAUACUUUCUGCUUUGAAUGCGAAUAAUAGAAGAGAUGGAGCAGGAGAGGACUCACCCAAUCGAUCUGUAACACCACCUAUUCCUUCUGAACAUCGUGGUGAGGUAACCGAAAGAUUGCCAAAACCACCAACUGACCUUAAAUCUUUCUCGAUGCGUGCUCUUAGAAUACGGUAUACGUCUGUUGUGGAAAGCCUUCAUCAGAAAAGACGUCUUUGUCCCAACUGCGGUUUGCGCUUUAGUGAGCUGAAAGGUGAAAGGUACCAACAACAUCUUGACUGGCAUUUUCGUGAAAAUCUAAAAUCAAAUGAAAGUUCGCGUUGCCGUGAUUGGUACUUACCAAUUGAUGAAUGGUAUGAAUUUAGUGAACAAGAAGAAUUAACAGCAUCGACAUCAGCAGCUCGUCUUGCUGGUGGUGGGUCUAAUGAUGCAACAAAGGAUACAAACAGAGGAACAUAUAACGUACCGUCUGACACAGUCCCAUCGAAGGAAUGUGGUGUAUGUAAAGAGAAAUUCGAAGAAUAUUGGGAUGAAGAUGAUGAUGUAUGGAAACUUCGGGACUGUAUGCUUGGCCAGGAUGGCAGAAUAUUUCACCCAGGUUGCAUACUAGAUGCAUCAACCGUCCGAAUAUCAGAAGAGGAUAGCCCGAGUGAAGAAGAACAAAAUGAUAAGUUGUCAUUCCUGAAAUCUUUGAAAUUAAAGAAAGAUUUUUCUUCUCUGGAUACUUGA